CGACGCAUGCGCAGUUGCUCCAAAACUGAGGGGGAGAGGCGAAGGGAAGGAGACGCGAAGAUGGCGUUGCUGUGGCUGCCGCUGUUGGUGGUGCUGACCGGAGCCGCCUGGGUGCAGGGCUUUGCGCAGCCCGAGAGAAUCUUGUUACGAGAAGUCCAGGCUUUGACACUCUACCCGGGCAAGUACACAAAUUAUCGGCGGACUUCUCCAGUCCCUCAGUUGCAGUGUACUGGAGGUUCAGCUGGCUGUGCAGCAUACACCCCUGACGUCAUCCAGUGUUACAACAAAGGUUGGGAUGGCUAUGAUGUACAGUGGGAGUGUAAAGCUGAGUUGGAUAAUGCAUACCGAUUUGGAAAAAUUGAAGUAAGCUGUGAAGGCUACGAUUAUCCGGAUGACCCUUACAUUUUGAAAGGAUCGUGUGGCUUGGCGUACACGCUGGAGUUAACUAAGGCAGGACAGCAGAAAGGCAGCUCAUUUGAUGGGAGCUACUUUUCCCCAACCUCUUCUGAUUCAUUAAGUUCAGGUGCUGGAGUGGUCCUGGUAAUAUUAUUUGUGGUACUUGUUUUUGGCGUCUACAAGCUGUUCCUAUGUGAUAACCAUCCACAGUAUGGUUUUGCUGAUGGUGAUGGACAUUCAGGAACCUACCACCAAAGCCCGCCUCCUCCAGGAUUUAAAUCAGAUGGACAGUAUUAUCAACGCCCACCUCCACCAGGAUUUAAACCUACAUUUGCAGGAGCUGCUAGUGAUUCCAGUUAUCACUCAAAUUCAGGGCCAGGUUUCUGGACUGGAUUAGGCGCAGGAGGGCUACUGGGAUACUUGGCUGGCAACAGGAGGUCACCUUCACAUCAUACUUAUUCUCCAUACUAUGAUACAUGGGCUGGUCCAUCAGCUCAACCCCCUGCAUUUGGCACUUCACGUAACUCCACAACAUCUUAUCAUUCAGGGACAAGAUCCACCUCUGGUUUUGGAGGCACAAAGAGAAGAUGAACCUUGGAUUCUGAUCCGUCUGAAAAACUGAAUAAAAGCAACAUUCCAGCAAUUCUAAAACCUGUUUUAAGCUUGUUUCCUGGCCUUGUAAGCCUCUUGGUUUGAAUGAUACAUUAAGUUGUACAUAAUUGUAUUUCAGCUCUCAUGUUUAAAGAAAAGGCAGAUGCAGAAUUUCAGUUUGGAUUUAUCUUGGAAUAGUGUGGCCAGAUGGAAAAAGCGACUAGAGCGCCUACAUAUUUAAUAGUUGGGUAACAAUACUUGGAUGCACUCCAGCCAAUAAUCUCCCUUUUCUUUAAAGGUGCAGAAGCCCCUUCUCUUCCUUUGGGUGAGAUUUAUUUCCAGAGUACUGUGACCAGGAAGCAAAUUAUCUUGGAGAUAUAUUUACUUGGGGCUAUUACACUGAAAUGAAGGAACAUAUUUCUGAGUAAAUGUAUAUAACUUACCAUCUUUUUUCCUUCACACCAGAAGACUGUGUAGCAAGACUCUGAAAUCCUUUAUUUAUAACAGAAAUUUUUGAAAGUUAAAAGUUUCAAGGAUGACUACUAGGCAUUUUCCCAACUAAAUGUGUGACCUCACUAUGUGGGACAGAGAAGUGUGUGUGGUUUGCAAACUGGGGCUUUUCUGGAUGGUAGCUAUUUUGCUUGUUUAACCAUCAGUUGAAGAGAACUGGAAUAUUCUCAUUUAAAAUAUUUCCCUGAAAAAUGCUUCUUUCAUUACUACAAGAGCAAAGGAUAUACACACAACAACAACACCCUAAACUCUCUAUAUUAUGGAUGCAAACUGAUACAUAUCCAUAUCUACAGAUUCUGCAUCCACAAGUUCAGCCAUCCACAGCUUGAAAAUAUUCCAAAACGCAAACAUUGAUUUUGCCAUUUUAAGGGGCACCAUUUUACUAUGCCAUGGUAUUUAAUGGGACUUGAGCAUCCACAGAUUUAUUUUGGUAUUCGGGGCAGGCGGGGAGGGAUCCUGGAACCAAACUCCAGCAGAUGUUGUUCAGUGAUACCAGGGGCCUACUAUACAGCUUUAUUUCGGCUUUUAGAAAACAACAGCACAGGGAGAACUGAGAUGGCUAAGCCAGGGGUGGAAAAUAUAUGUGGCCCUUCAGAUGUUCAGUGACAAUUGUCAGUAUUCCUUGCUAGGGCUGCUGACAGUUGGAACCUAACAACAUCUGGAGGCUGCACAAACCUUACCCUUGUCUUAAACUAACAAUGUAUGGUGUGGAUGUCUAAAGAACAUGCAACCCACCCGCCUUGUACAGAGUAAUUAUCCACGGAUUGAACUAUGCAUGGUGGGAAAAUAUUUCAAAACAUAAAUUCCAAAACGCAAAUCUUGAUUUGAUUUUGCUGUUUUAUAUAAAGGACACCAUUUUACUAAG